AUGUACGAUCUUAAAAUCUCUAGAAAACAGUUUGAGCAAGCCAACAUCUGUCAGAGCAUUUGUACAAUUCGACAGUCAAUUCGCAAAAAAAGUAAACGACAUUUUUGUGACAUUGAAGUAAGGAAUCUAAAUUCGCAAUGGAACCAACCUGAAUUUAUCGAUGAAAUAAUACAAGGGUACACAGUGCAAUGUUUUUUCAUCGAGGACUUAAAAGACAUUCAAAUCUGCGAUGAUAAAAAUAUCACAGCUACAAAAUUGGAGCACACGGUGCACAAUCUAACAUCUAACAUGACAUAUUAUUUUCGAGUACGUGCGCAUACUAAAAUUGUUGCUGGUCCUUAUACGGAUUUAAUUAAUGUGUCGACUACACAUGAAAAUCCAAUACCUAAAUUAUUAGUCACAUCGAGAAAAGGUAUCCACAUUUUGGACGUGGAUUUAAACAUUACUAAUUUUGUAAUGUCAGAAUCAGUAACACAUGCCGCUUAUUCGAUACAGGACCAUAGAAUUUAUUGGCUAACACGAAGUGACCUAAUGACAUUGAAGAUUAAUGAAAAUAAUAUCACAAAAAUAGCUAGCUUUGAUAAUUAUCCAUAUAAUCUUUGCAUUGACUGGACUAUUAUUAUAUUGUAA